CAACCCCAACAAGAGCCAGACUGUCAGCUUGUUGUUAUUGAUGUUAUACAAACAUAUUUCUGUCAGUGGCCUUAUAAACCCCAGCAUUGUUGAAUCACAUCAGUGACUACAAUGGCUGGUGUUUCAUUGGUUGUGAUUGUUGUAGUAGCAUCACUUGUGGCAACAACUUUGAGCUUAACUUGCCCUCUAGUUCUCAGAACUAAUGCUCAGGUGGAACGGCAGUUAUUAAAUGAAGGCUUUCACAGAGACUUGGAGACUACAGUAUUUUUAUCAUCACCAGAGGACCUGCAGUCAUGUGUAGUGCUCAUUAAAGAAAUCUUCCCUUCUGGCUCUUACGUUGACCCCAACCAGCUUCGUUUCCUCAAAUCUCUUGGAGGUCCUGAUUUUUAUGUUCCACAGGUUAUCAAUGUUGAGACCCCAGAGCACCUGUCACCUCGAAUUCUUGCUUAUUUUUAUAUGCUGCCAAGGCCAUUCAGUGAUGGGAGAUGGGUGGUGAACAUGACUGUCCCUGUCCACCUCCGCUAUCACAGGGCUCGAAGUGGAGAGUCAUACCCACUAGAAGUGGCAGUAAGACUUCAACACCCGGCUGUGUUUCUCCAGUGUGAAGACAUAGGAGGAGAUGCAUGCAGGCCUUUGGUCCACUUGGAGCCAUGCCCUCCUAAUGGCGUGCAGCAAUGCGAGUGGCUUCCUGUACACACCUUCAGUACAAGUGAGGCAGUGCUGGGUGUGGUACCAGUAGGCAACACAGACCUGCUGGACACAGUGCUCCUCACCACCACCUGCAUCACUGCUGGAGCAAUGCUACUCAUCCUUGCAACACUCAGGAAAAAAUAAAUCUAGGCAUAAGAAAAAAUCAAGAAAAAAUAAAUCUAGACAGGAAUAUUGGAAGGUCUAUAACAAACAUGAAUGAAACUAAACUAGUCAAAUUUCUAAACGAGUAUGAUAAUGCUGGAAUUGUAAACACUGUUGAGCCUAGUCACGGUUGUAACCUCAAAACCCAAUUGACCCAUGGAUUUAGUGCCUCUGCAAUGACAGUGAUUAUGUAUGAGUGGUGGUGAAAAGUGUUGAAUGAUGGUGAAAGUAUUUUUCUUUCUUUUUGGGUCACCCUUCCUCGAUGGGAAAUGGCAAGUGUGCUAAGAAAAAAAAUGUAAAUAUAAUAUGAAGAUGCACUUUCUUACAUCACUGUAAAUAAGAUUUGUUUAUUAUGCAUUUAAGCAAUAUAUAAGUGGCUUAUAUAAUAUAACAGUCUUUUGUCUAAAUGUGAGUACAGUUUAUAAUAGCAGAACCUAUAAAGAAAUUUCUUGAAUAUAUUAUGAUAUUAAAAGUUUUUGAAAACUGUAGACUUUGGGAACUUCAAAUUAAUUUCAUUGAUGAUAUAUGACAUGACAUAUAUGACAUAUUUGGAAAUUCUUGUGUCAUGCAUGCGUGUAUAUGUGACAUGACAUUAAGCUAAGUUUUAUGAUCUAUAAUUCAGUCCUCUGUGAUCUUACAUUAAUGAACUUACAUAAAGUUCAAGCAGUACUCCUUGACACUGGAAUCUAGAAAAAAACUAAUCUUGAGUAAUUAAAUACAUAUCCAACUAUAUGAAUAUCAAAAUGAAUGGCAAAAACAGUUGGUAGGAAAAAUAAAUGAAAAAAUUUCUAGGCUUAAUCCAGAUGGACUAGAAAAUAAAAUUUAAUACUCAUAUCCAACACAAUGCAUACUUUUAAAUGUCCACUAUUAUGUACCUACCUCAACUCUGUUUAUACUGCACUUUUACUGAUCCAUGUCUCAUGUGAUGUGUGUACUUGGAUCAGCAACUACAACCACCUUAAAUCAGUCAUCAUUCAACAAAAGGUAGCCAUGGGAGUUAUUUGAAAAGUUAGCGGUAGACAGCAUAUACCACCUCUAUUCAAAGUCUUAAAUUACUAAAUAUAUAAACCAUUCAUGCAUUCUGCUACUCACUUUACAUCUUCAGGACAAUAAACAAUAAUAUCAAUACACAAUUAAGAUUCUUCCUAGAGAGAGCUGCAACAGAACCCACAGGUGUCAAACAAGAAAUGAAUUCCUAUUUGAUAUUUCAUGUUUACAAUGGAGUCUGAGUAAAUGCUGUGAAAAUUAAAGGACCCAAAAUCUGGAAUGGUCUACCAGAUAAUAGGAAUGGAGGCAAAAACCAUUUGCCUCCACUCCUAUCUAACACGCACAUGCCUGCUGGAUGUCCAAGCCCCUCACACACAAGACCUUUACCCCAUCUCUUCAACCUUUCCUAGGGUAACCCCUACCCCACCUUCCCUUCACUGCAGAUUUAUACACCCUCCAGGUCAUCCUAUUUUGCUCCAUCCUCUGUAAAUGUCCAAACCACCUCAAUAAAAAACUACAGUGGUACCUCGAGUUACGAACUUAAUUCGUUCCAGAAGGCUGUUCAAGGGCCGAUAGUGAACGAAUUUGUUCCCAUAAGGAAUAAUGUAAAUUAGAUUAGUCUGUUUCAGACCCCCAAAAAUACACUUACACAAGCACCUACAAAAAUACACUUACAUAAUUGUUCAAGUUGGGAGCUGUUCGAAACUCGAGGUACCACUGUGUAUACACGUAUAUAUACACACACAGUAUAUGCAUACAUGUAUAUAUAUGUAUAUGAUAAAUGUGUUCAUUAGCUCAAGUAUUGCCAUGUGAAAUACUUUUCAUUUGUAUAUGGUAAUAUGUAUUUAUGUAUAUUUAUGCGUAAUAAAAUUUUGUUAUUA